AUGAAUGUUGAGAAUGUGGAACAAUGCGGUGAUUCUCUCACAGUUGAAGAAGUGGUUGAAGUUACGAACGAUGGAAAAUUGUUAUGGGAUGAGUCACUCAUUGAAAAGUUCGUGAAUAUUAUGGUGGAAGAAGUUAAGGCUAAUAAUCGUAGUGGCACAACAUUUAGUAAAAGUGGUUGGAGUAAUUUAGUCAAACAAAUGAAUGUUCAAACGGGGAGAAAAUUUGGUUUAACCCAACUUUGGAAUAAGUUUAAUGGUUUGAGGAAAAUUUAUACUGAGUUUAAGAAAUUAUUAUCGGAGACUGGCGUGGGAUAUAACCAUGAGACGGGCAUGGUUAUAAUUGAGGAAGAGAGAUGGGACAGGUUGUGCAAGGUUGUUACGAAUGCAAAUAAGUAUAAAAAGUAUGGAUGUAAGCAUUUUGACAAGAUGUCGACUAUAUUUGGGGACACAUAUGCAAGAGGGAUGCAUGCCCACCCAUCCACUACAGCACCACCCACAAUUAUUUUGCCCACUCCCAAUGAUGACGAUGAUGAGGAAGAGGGUUGUGAGGUCAGUCCCCCACCUUUACGUAAAGGUAAGAAAGCCAAAAGAGAUGCUUUAUCUCCUGGUAUAGCUGCACUCUUGUCAAACAUGAAUGAGAAUUCUGAGAGGAGAGCUGAGAGAAUGGAAGCUGCAACAGAGAAAGCGGCUAAAGCAUCUUCUACUUCUACUCGUGUAGCUUCAUGUGAGAAAGGAGAUGAUGAAGUUCUCUCUCCCUAA